CUUGUAACUAGGAACUGUUUGGUUUACGGGGAAAAAAAAAAGAAAAAAAAGUUGCCGCCUACCACCAAACUACGCCUUCGCUUCUCUUUCCUGAAACUGUACGUCAUCGUGAUGAGGCCGAGUCACGCUGGAAUAAGAACUACUCAUGAUAACAAACGAAUUCAGGGAAACAGGAAUUAUGAUGCAAUCUCGCAUCAGAGAUCAAUGACCUGACAACAAAAUACGCAUUUACAAAUAGGGAGGCAAGAAAAGGCCCCCCUUAAAAAUCUGGGCAUACACGUUUUCUGUGGAACAUACAAGUGUUAUAAUUUCAGUUUCCAUCUUAAAUAUUUGCAUAAUACGAGGGCUAACACGGCAGGAGUGUUGUUACUCCAGGUCUGGACGAUACGAUUAGGCAAAAAUUCACAGAAUUAUCGAUAUUGCACCCGUCUCCUCUCUUCAUUCGUCUCCUCCAAGGAUGAGAGAACUGCCAUACACGCCUUCUCCAGCAUGGUGUAAGAGGUGGUAUGUUGGUGGCACUGUCUGGCAGUUCUCUCGCGGUCCCGAUGAGUGUUACACGACGCUGCGCAGACUCGUUGGUGUGGAAAGCAUGAGAAACAUGGAGACUUGCACGUUGACUUCAGAUGAAGAGUAUUCAUCAUUCUCCACAACGGUCCUCAAUCUUUUUAAGGAGAACAAGAAAGAUGAGUUCAAGAAACAUCUUAGGGAAUACCUUGCCCGGUCCUCUGACCCAUACAGGGCUGUUGUGGUGUGCAUCAAACUGUGCCCAGGUCUGUUCAACUCCAAGAGCAAUACUUGUCCUGCAAACAUACUUGUGGAGCUGGAGAGGUACACAGGAGAAAGUAACAACAAGGAGAAGUUCAGCCACUGCCUUACGGAAGACCUACAGGUUGAGGCCUAUGAGAUUGCUAUACACCAGAAAAAUACUGGUGUGAUAAGACUUUUUGUCAGAUGCUUCCAGCUUGUAAAGAUAAAGGAUUUUCUCAUACCUCUCUUGAGAACAGAGUUAAAUGCUGACUUGAAGAGAGUGUGUCUCAUGGCUACUCUCCUUGGUGUACAGAACCACUUCUCAACAUCAGAAUUGAUAUUGCCCCUGUUUCUGACUAACCACCUCUCAGAUGCAGAUGAAUUCUUGGGGUCAAGUCCCUUCCAUCAGAAGGAACUGGUGCUGCUCCUUGAUGGUCUGCUGGGGGAAGAAGCUUGUUCCUCAGACCCUCCAAAAUCUCAGGCAAAAAAUGUGAAGAACAUGAGGGACCCGAAAGUUAUCUGUGAUACCAUAGGAAAACUUCUGAAAAAGUUUGACUUCAGUUCCUCCAUGUGUCCUCAUUUUAUGAGAUACAGGGCUUUAGGGGGAUUACGUUUUAUGUUUUAUAAGUAUUACAUUGCCAAGGAUAUGCCAAAAUCUGCAUUCUACAGCUUGAUUAAUGAUACAGUCAAGGAACAUCCAGAUAUUUCAUCAGAUUUACUAAAACUCUUCAUUAGAUAUAUUGACUUUGAAGGAGCCAUAUAUUAUGUUGCAAAACUAAACCUCUCAGAAGAUGAUACCCCUGAUGAGGUGAUAGAACACAUGAGAAUGUAUCCUGACCUGCUGGAGGCAAGCAAACACUAUGUAGUUGAAGGUCAGCUGCCAUAUGAUGCAGAUGAGGAAGAAACCAGUGGAUGCUACUCCCUCACUGUGUCAGAAGAAGACAUCAUCCUUGUCGACACCAUUGAAGAGUUUGAGAUGUGUGCCGGUCACCUCAAGGCCAGUCCACUGCUGAGUGUGGAUGCAGAGUGGAAGCCCACCUUUGGCACUGGCCCAGUGGAGCAUGCAGCUCUUCUUCAAUUUGCCACAGCCACAAAGGUGUUUCUUCUUGAUCUCAUUGUGCUCCAGCCAUUACUGAAGGAUUGUCACUGGCAGAGUAUUGGGCAGUUGUUUGCUAAUCCAGAGAUCCUAAAGUUGGGCUAUGGGAUCAGGAGUGAUUUCAAGGUUCUGAGUAAUUUGCAUGAGGAGAUGAAAAGGGGUAUCAGUUGUGCUAAAAAAAUCACAGAUCUGAACAUAACAAAAGGCAUUCUGUUGGAGAGAUAUCCCAACAUUUUUGUUUACUCAGAGGAGAAGCACAAAGGCUUGAGUGACUUAGUCUACCGUUGCUUUGGAAAACCACUUGACAAGAGAGAAGGAUUUUCUAAUUGGGCUGCCAGACCUCUCAAUAAAUCCCAAGUCAUAUAUGCUGCUGGAGAUGUCAGGAGUCUCAUUGAUAUUUACAAUUACCUGAAUGAGAGAGCCAAGGAACUGGGUGUUAGUGACUGGAUUAAUUUGGAGCACAAAGGAUCCUCUGGAGAAAAGAAAAAAACAGUGCCUCCAAAAGAAGGGGAACCAAAGAAUGAUGUUCAGGAGAAACAGAGGAAGAGGCAGCAACCAAUCAACGCAUCAGAUUUUGUUGUUAUAUGUGACAACAUGUUGCAGGGCCUCGCUAAGAAGCUACGUUCCUGUGGUGUGGAUGCAGAGGCUCUGGAGAAUGAGGAAAGCUGGGAUCGGUGCUACAGGUACUAUGAGAGGGAGAGGAGAACGGUGCUUACCCGAGGAAACAACUACCACAAGCUGAUAAAGUACAUUCCAGCACAGUUUGUGUACAGCGUUCAAAGUGAGCUAGUUCAGGAACAGCUGGAAGAGGUAAUAGAGGCCUUCAGUGUCAAGGUAACAUUGAAAGAUGUGUUUGCUCGGUGCUCAAAGUGUAACUCAAAAAAGUACAUAGUAGUGCCUUCAUCAAUAAUAAGUGCCAUGCAGAGUGGUGUCACCAGCAGGAGUGAGGCUCGAGGUGGCUGGGUGGAGUGUGAGGGAGGGGAUGUCAAUGUGCUGAGUGGCUACACCGGCACUGGGGUGCGAGUGCGAUUUGAGUCGGUGCCGGUGGCAGUGGUGGAGACUAAUGAUCCAUUUUACAUAUGUUAUGUUUGUGGCAAGUGUUAUUGGGAAGGAUCACACCACAAGAAAAUACUCAGUGGGAGGCUGAAAGACAUUGUGCUUGGUGAUGAUGAGGGCAGUGCAGUGAGGAACACACCUGGUGACAAGACCACUUGAUUAAUGCUCUGCCUUCAGUGGACAAAAUGCUUCUAGUGGUGUGGCGUGUGCCUGAGGGUGUGGCACGUAUGACUCUUUCUUAAGAGUUACAGGAACAAAAAAAUUCAGUGCAGUAUUUUUGUAAGUAGUGAACCAAAUAAUAUUUUGAAGAUAUUUCAUCCAUGACUUUUUUUCUAUAUGAACAGUAGUGAUUAUUUUUCUCACCUAUGUUGCAGGAGAUAAUUUUUCCUUAUAUACUUCCGCAUUUCUUUCAUAAUGUUUGCUGCAUAGCUUCUCAGAUAUAUUUGAAACCAGAUUUUUAAUGUUGUUUCAUCCUUUCUGCAAAUUUCAUAAAGGAUUUUGUUCUGUACCUGCUCAUUACUGUAAUUGCUUUUUAUUCAGGAAUUGCAUUUUUUAUUAGGGUGUUUUCAACUUUUUAAAGAUGACAACCAUUUAAAUAGCCACACUUUAUCUUAUUUUGGUAAUCAAAUGGUUCUCUUUUUCCAUUAUAUUGGAAAUAUUUAGUACCUGUCCAUGUGGUAGACAGACUUAGGUUAUUUAUGUAAUUUUGAACUGUAUUUUUUUAUAGAAAUAUUCCACUCUGACACAUUGUCUGUACAGCAUGUUAGAUAAUCACAAGUUUAGCCUUCAAGGCAUGUAUGGUAAUGCAAGCAAAGACUAAUUUUCCAUAUAGUGACAACAUUGACAAAGGUUCAAACAGAAUACGUGUGCAGUUUAUCAGGAUUAGAGCACAAUUAGUACAUAUAUCUACUUGUACUGGUUCUGAAUAUACCUUUCAAUAGCUUUAAGUACUUUGGGAUGAUCAGGAAUGUCAUGCUGAAUUGAAUGGCAAGAAGUGUUCAUGACCAGUGUCAUAUCUUUAGCAUUGUAGUGUCCUUGCUGCCUUCACAUCUCUUGGCUCUGGGUUACUGUGGAGUGAUUGUAUUGCGAAGCCAAUGGCAGUCACCCAGUCAUGGAGGGUUAAGCACAGUUAAGGAGGGUGUAGCACGAUCUUUCUACACCAGAAGUACAGAUAUGAGAACGUGAAUCAUGUGAGUUCUGAACAUUACUCAGCAGAAAGGUACAAGUCUCUGCUAUAUUUUAUUUGCUUAAGUAAGAUAGUGUUGCAUGAUACACUAUCCUUCACAGCAGGUGACUUCAGUUAUCUCUUCUUGCUGCUGAUGUUAAGCUUGCCUCCUUGCAUGUUUUCUUGCCUUUCAUGAUGGAGAAUGAGGAGGAGGAAUGGGAGAGAGGGAUGCCAGAUGUAAGGAACAAAAAGCCUUUGUCCUUGAGGGAGGAGAAGGAGCCUGACUGUGACUUGGUGCUGAUGAGGUUCUAGAAAACUGGGUCAUCCUCUUUCAUAGAAGACAAGGAAGAGGUAGAGGAGGUUGGAGAGGUUAAAGUUUCUUUGGGUCAUCCUCAAGAUUCCUAAAGCUAGGCAAGAGUUUUCUGGAGGAGACAGUCAGAGUACCUGUAAACCUUUGCAGCAGUCUCUUGUGGUAAAGUGGCUGGCAGGCUGCUGGGGAAGCUUUACUCAUAAUGCUCUGGAAUCUGGCUUGUGAGUUUGUUGUGCACUAUAUCAUGGGUGAAAAGACUUAUCACCAUUUCCAUCAGUGCUUAGUGUGUGCUGUCCACCUCCACACCGUCCCUUCAUUUCAUCACCACCUUCAUCCUCUCUGCCAGCUGCCUCUGAGCCCUGUCCAACCUCUCAGUUUCCUGCAAUAGGUGACUUUCCCUGACCAGUUCCUCCUUUGUGCUUUACUGGUGAGCACCUAUCUCCUGCACUGCCUUGAAGUGUCCACCCACUCCUUCCUCCUGGCAUCUCACAUGCUGAUCCUGCAAGGCUGUGGAGACACCAAGGGACUGCUGCACUUGAUUCACAAGUUGUUCUAAGGCUGUUUCCAUCUCACAGUGCCUCUCACCCAGACACUGCAAGGUUCCCUCCAGCUUCCCAACACACACACACACACACACACACACACUGAGUAUAUAUGCAUACUCACAUACAACUAAUUUGCAUUUUGUGUGCCAAAGAAUGUAAAACAUGGGGUUUAAUAAUUCUAUGUAGUGGUAAUUUUUCUCUUUUGUGAUCUACUGAAUUUUAUUGCAAAGUUUAAAUAACAUUUGCUGACACCUUUCUAAUGCAAAAGUUAACCAGUAUUUUCAGUCAUUCAUUCCUUUCUCUGGUAAACUCUGGAACUCCCUGCCAGCUUCUGUAUUUCCACCUUCCUAUAACUUGAAUUCCUUCAAGAGGGAGGUUUCAAGACACAUCCUUCAAUUUUUGUCUACUGCUUUCGACCCUUUUCUGGGACUGGCAUCUCAGUAGGUUUUAUUUAUUUUUUUAUUGGAUAUUUGUUGCCCUUGGACAGUGUCCCUCCUACAUAUAUAAAAAUAAAAAAAAAAAGGUAAAUCCUGAAGUGUGGGCAUGUUUGUGGACUAACAGGUGACACAUAUGCAUCAAAAGGAUUCUUGACAUAAAAUAGAACAUGAGAAUUGUUUUGGCUAUGAUAUAAUAAUACAAAGCUGCUGCUUCCUACUGUUUCUUUACCUAAUAGACUCACCCAGUAUCAUUAAUGCAGGAUGUUUUUAACAUUAGCUCUAUGCUUGGGAAGAUUAAGGCCAGUUGUUGUGUCUACCCUUAUAAACACUGAACACAAUUGAAGAAUCCAAACUAAAUAUUACAGAAAGAGAACUGGGUAUCUUUGGUAAUACUGACUCCAGCAUGGGGCAUCAGUCAAUGGAGAUGGAUGGGUGGAGCUGUGCAUGUCACCUAUAGCCACACUCAUAACCAGGGUAACAAACACACUGGUGCCAGAUAGCCACUGACAAAAGAUGUUAUUUUUCUAUCUCGACUCAUGCCUGAAUUAUUUGUUAUUUUGGUUAUUUGGUUAUGUGCUCUCCAAAUGCAUAAUAGGACAGUUCUCAAAGUGCAUAGAAAUAAAAAAAAAAUUUAAAAAGUUAAAAGUGCUACAAAAAACAUGGAAAAAAAAAAAAAAAAAUGAGAGGAAAUUAACAAUGGCUGCAAACUAAAGAAAAUACAUGAAAAUAACUAUGGCACUCACUAUCCUGGCUAAAGCACCUCCAUAGAAAAAAGGAUGAGUGCUUCUUUUGAUUUCAUUUUCAAAUCUUGGUGGAAUAUUAAAAGAAGCUAUAAAUGUGUACAGAUUAUCUGUUUUCUUAAAAAUAAUUCUUGCUAACAUACACAUCAUUUAGGGGUUGAUACAAAGGCAAUUUUUAUACCACUCAUUGUGUGUUUGAAGUUAAGUAAAGUCAAGUUUGCAUCUUGGUGGACAGAGUUCCUCGUAACUAACUCUCACACUUUUGCUUUCCAUCCAAUGUUUAAGCCUCUGUAGCUUGAAAGUGUGUGUGUGUGUGCAUUAGAAAAGAAGAGAUUAUAUUUUGUUUGUAUAUUUAUAUUUGUGUUUCUUUAGUAGAUAAUGUAUGCAAGUAUACGGCAUGUAUUUAUAUGUGUGUGAAAGGCAAGAUGAUCUAAGGCAGACACUUGAGGGUGAAGGCAACAGCGAAAGGUGAGAUGGAAUGCUGACCAGAUUGUGUUGAUUGACAGUGAGAGUGUACAGACAGUACUAGAAGACAGACACACUAGCAUUGUACUACACCAACAUUACAUGUAUACAUGAAACCCUCACAGUUGCCGAUUAAAUCAUAAUAAUGUAUCUGUUUUUUGUCAUGAACUAUGCUUAUGUAAUUGCUCAUCAGAUCAAGGGCUUUCUGCAGUUUGUACAUACAGACAAUAAAAUUCUGCAACAUUGGACAAAUUAAAGGAAGGUAAAAUUUUAAACUUCAUCCAUGCUUCAGAAGCUGUGGAAAGAUAUUAGUCAUGGCUGUAAUUCACUGCAUAUAGAACUUGUGGCAAGUAUGUUUUGCUGCUCACCAGGAUUUUAGUGGGUGUAAAUUACUUUAUGUAUCAGUCCUUCAAUACCAGUCCCUUAAGGAAUAUUUUUUCUACUUAAGCUACAGUAAGUCUUUGUACCAGCAUUCUAAAGGACUGCCCUGGUGGUGAGUACAGUUUGUGGUGACACUUUGCAGUAGGGAUUCACAGCAUCAUUUAUCAAGACAAGAUAUUUGUAACCUGGUUUUCUAUAUACUCACUCAAUAUGGUCAGGGUAUAUUGGAUGUAUUCUGAGAUGGACAGACAGUUUGAUUGUCUACAUAUAUGAAAGAAGGAGAGAUGUUUUCUUAACUUAAAAAUGAAUCUUCUACUGUACACCAUUUUCAUGAAUAAGCUUAUUUUCUGUCAAGAAUUCAUGUAUGAGUUAAAAAGACAUAUAUGCACCACAGCACCAUGUGUACAAGUGUGGGACAGUUAUAACAUCUGGAGAAAAAAAAAAAAAUUUAAGAGAUGAAAACUAGUGUUUCAAAUAAUAUAAGUAGUGAAAUAUCAGUUUUCCUGUAAUUAAAUAUAUUUUGUCUUAAUUUUGAAUAUGUGUUGUGAGAUCUCAAAGUCCAAGAGGUUAUCCUAAGAAAAAAUUGUUUCUGAAAAUGUAACAAAGUAGUUGUGCUGGACAAAAGUACUUGUGUCUUAACACUACUUUCUUAGUCACUACUUUGAAAAUUGCAACUCUAGUUCAAGGCACCUACAAGAGAAGCAUAAAUGUCUUACCACCAGCAAGUUUGGUAGGUCUUCUCAUAGUACACUGGCUUGUAGGUUCUUGAAGAAUAUUGUUGAUGAUAAUGCUGCUUUUAUAGUGAAAUAUAUAUAAUUGAUCUUCA